AGUAUCGAUCGACAGCCGAAGCAACGACCACUGAUGCACAGUCUACAUUUCCAAUUUUCUAAACCCUAACCCCAACCCUGUCCGCUCCAGCCAUCCUCGCUCAACCUCCGCCACUAGCCGGAGAAAAUGGAGUCCAUCGGAGUCCUGAUGGCGUGUCCGAUGUCUCCGUACCUCGAACAGGAGCUCGACCGCCGCUUCAAGCUCUUCCGCUUCUGGAACUUCCCUCAGAAGAAGGAGUUCCUCCGAGAUAACGCGUCGGUGAUCCGCGCCGUCGUCGGAAACGCGACUGCCGGCGCCGAUGCCGAGCUGAUCGACUGUUUGCCGAGCCUGGAGAUCGUGGCGAGUUUUAGCGUUGGAUUGGACAAGGUUGAUUUGGGGAAGUGUGAGCAGAAGGGCAUUAGGGUAACUAACACGCCCGAUGUGUUGACCGAAGACGUGGCUGACUUGGCGAUCGGCCUCAUGCUCGCGACCCUCAGGCGGCUUUGCGAGUCCGACCGGUAUGUGAGGAGUGGAUCGUGGAAGAAGGGCGACUUCAAGCUCACCACUAAGUUCAGUGGCAAAACUGUAGGGAUUAUUGGACUGGGUAGAAUUGGCUUAGCAAUUGCUAAGAGAGCUGAAGCAUUUGGCUGCCCCAUCAGCUACUACUCCAGAACACGGAAAACAGAUUCAGAAUAUAAAUACUACCCAAGCGUCGUUGAGUUGGCCUCCAACUGUCAUAUUCUGGUGGUUGCAUGCGCUCUGACUGAAGAAACUCGACAUAUCAUCAACCGUGAGGUUAUUGAUGCAUUGGGUCCUAAGGGCGUCCUCAUCAACAUCGGGAGGGGUCCUCAUGUUGAUGAACCUGAGCUGGUGUCUGCUCUGGUUGAAGGCCGGUUGGGUGGAGCUGGACUCGACGUGUUUGAACAUGAGCCCGAAGUACCUGAACAGCUCUUUGAGCUUGGUAACGUAGUCCUCACCCCUCAUGUAGGGAGUGGGACCGUGGAAACCCGGACAGCCAUGGCUGACCUUGUCAUUGGAAACUUGGAGGCUCACUUUUUAAACAAACCACUGUUAACUCCAGUAGUUUGAUUAUGUCACGAGGCGAUGUCAAUAUGACUGAUUGGAAGGCAGGCUUUAUCUUGUAUCGUCCUCUUUGUUGUUAUCCGUCUCAUUGUUCCACAACUUGAUCAUUUGUGGAUUUCAUAAGCAAACCACUUGUUAAUCUCGUGUUGGUCAUGUCUUAGCAUCCAAAGUGCAUUGAGGUGCUUAGCUUGUAUGCAUAAAUAAGGUCUGAUUUUGGCUGCCACUAUGGACAGCAUUGUCAACAAGCGUGUGGCAAGAGUACGUUAGCAUUGAAAGAGAUGCAUGCACAUUAUUUUCAA